AUGGAAGUAUUCUACCUUAACCUCCCUUGGAAAGCUAACGAAACAGAGUACAACUGUAGUGGAAGGAGCCUCGAUGAAUGGAAGCGGAGAGGUGUUGUUGACGUACUCCAGGGCACGUACUUCUUGGUGACAGGCACAGUUUAUCUGACAGUUUGUCUACUUGUGAUGAUCGCAUUGGUACGUGGGAAUCUUCUGAAAAUUCCAUGUUACAAAUUGAUGUUUUUUAAUGGAUUUAUCGACAUUUUGUGCCUAGUCGUAAGCUCAUAUCUGGUUGCCUAUAUCCAAUAUGAAGGCAUAGUGUACUGCAGCAGUCCCAAGUUCAGCCUGAUCUUCGGACAUGUGGGUUGGAGUGCUUGGCUUGGAUCAAGUUUCAGCGCUAUUGUAUUGGCGUUCAAUCGACUUGUGGAGAUGGUUCCAUCUAUGUCUGCAAUACGCUUCCUGUUCAGA